GGCGGUUGUGGUUAGCCAACUGAAUUGACCAACUAAUUAUUUGUGUGCUGGAAACGCGCGAUUUAGUCGAUUUCGUGACCACCUGAAGGAGCAGACGUGAACUAUUUCAUUGUCGUCCAAGGCGCAUUUGAAUUUUUAUUAAGUCAAAGCCAAACUACAAAUGUGUUGCUUCUCCUAGUGGAAAUUUAGACAAUCGACUUAAAAAAAAAAUAAUAAUUAAUAAAUAAAAAUAAAAUAAACGAACUGUGAUUUCAAUAAAGCAAAAUAAAAUUAAGUUUUAAUUCUAAGAGUUUCCUUAGUUUUACUGUAAGAAACUUAAGUAAAAAUGGGUUGCGCCAGCAGUACCCCGAUGAUUGCCACAGCCGGGAGUGAUAUGUUGAAAGCAGCGACACAUGCUGCUUCCGAUGCAGCCAAGGGAGCUGAGCAUGCAGUGGAAGAGGUAACCGAAACCGUUGGCAAAACACUGGAGAACGCCAAGGAGACGGUUGGCACCGCAGUCACAGGUAUCGCGCACGAUCUGGGCAAUGUCUUCACCGAGAAGUCAGGCGAAUUGGAUACAGCGAAAAACCAACUCUUGGAACGACUGCAUUUGGGUAACGCCACCAAGGCUCUGGAACACGCCAAUGAGUCAGCGGUCAAUCAUUUGGAUACGACAGCUUUGGAGAUGGCUGCACGCGCACCCACACCGCCGCCCGAUUUGGACAGUUUGAAGACGUCGACACCCGAACCAGAAAUAGAACGUGCAUUGGCCAAUUCGCAUGAGGAUAUGCCGCCAACACCAAAACCGACAAUCGCCGAGCUGGAAAAGUUAACAGCGGAAGUAAAGCAGACGACACAGACAACAACUGCGUUAGCGGCGGCCGCCACCAAUGUUGUUGCUGAGGCCAAAGAUACGACGGAGCUAGCAACUGGAAUAACUGCGGCCACUGAACCGGCCGUGGAUAUGAUUGCAUUAUUGGCGGCGGAGAAACGACCGGGCACCACCGAGUGGGAGAAACACGCUGAUCAUCUGUCGAAAACACGCAAAAUGAAUGAGUUCAAAGGUGGUGGAAAAUUUCGACGCUUUGGACCACCAACGCAACCGGCAAACUAUCAUAAACCCCAACCGGCAAACUAUCAUAAACCUAUAGAAAAUCUGAGGCGAACGCUGCUCGAAGAUGACAGCUGUUACAGUGACGCUUAUUAUAAUAGUAACAGCAGUCCGCAACAUUCGACGGCGUCCGAUAGUCCGAGGUUACGACGUGCUCGUUUACCAAUCAAUGGCGUACUUGCUGUGAACGCUAAGCGUAUGCAGCGCGAAUUCGCUACUUUUGUUAGUAAUCGACGUAAUGUAACUAGUGCGUUACGCUCACUAACGGUUUCACCCGCCAUUAGUCGUCACUUCGACUAUAAUCCACAACGUCCACGUAUUAGUUCACCUACACCUUCGGUUAUUGGUUAUACACGUUCUGGCUAUUCGACGCCUGUUAUUAUGAAACCAGAAUUACUUCCCAAUCCACGAACUGCCAGUUGGAAAAGAGGUGCUUCGAGUUCCGGUUUGCAUUCGCCUCCGUCACACAUUGGCAAGGCGCUACCGCGUGUAAUUGCACCACUAGACCCACAGUUGGCAGCAAAUGUCAUCUCACAAUCGAAGCUAAAAUCAACGAAAGCUUUUGCGUCGCUGAGAGGUGAGACGAAAGGACGAUCAAGAAUAUUCGGACAAACACGCUCCGGUUCACCCGUUAAUAGAAGAGUAUUUGCGAGAAGAUCAGGUUCGCCUCCUGCGAGUAAAGGUCGUAUUCUAUAUGCUAGAUCCGGUUCGCCGGAAAGAAUAAGAGCGCUUAUGCAGGAUAAGGUGGAGACGAAAAAUAAAGUAAAACCCUUAGCGGAAACUCCGACUAAAAUCAGAUUAGAGCGGAAAGCCAGUAUAAAAGAAAGUAAAGAGGUUAAUUCAGGAGAGUUGUCUAUAAAUGGAUUUUCGUUAGCGGAAGCUCUAUCACCUAUUAAAAUGGCCGCAGAGUCGCAUUCGUUGCCACAUUUGAAAAGUGAAGAAAAGACUACAACGCUUGUGGCACAUUCCCUGAUGGAGGUUGUUGAGCAAGCUGUUGAACGUGCAAAAAAUGAUGGAGAUACCUUAGAUGUGAAGAAUGGGAAGGAACAUGCACAUAACGUAGAAGCAUUGAAGAUCAAGAAAGAGACGCCUGUGAAGCACGAAAGGCAGAAAGAAAUCCUUGCAAAGGCUGUGAACACUGAGAAGACAAACGGGGAAAAGAAAAGUGCUAACGUGAAGAGUGUAAAUAUUCAAACAGAUGUUGAAAAUGAGAAAUUACUAAACAAAGAGCCUAUUAAGAGAGGGAACAAGUCCAAUAUGUGGCUUGAAAAUAAGGAUACUUCGAACUCUAAUACCAGUUCCAGUCGUAGUGAGAAACCGGUCCCUAGUCCUGUGCGGCGAAACUCAAAGAGUAGCUCAACUGUCGAAAGUAAGGGGAAUAAUAAUGCCAUUAAACUUAAAAGUAAACCCUCUCCUUCGAGACAGAAGAGUAAUAGUUCACAAAAUACUGAAGAAUAUACGCAAAUGGAAAAUUUAGCUAUUAGAGGUCGUUUCAGCAUGAGUCCAAAAAAAAAGUCCCCUGCACAUCAUGAGAAGACGCAUAAUUUGUGGGAAAAUACCAGCCCCGGUCGAAAAGAUCUAUCAAGUAGCCAUAGUCGAGCGCUAGAAACCAACUUUAGCACAAAUGAUGGUUCUACUCAAAUUACAAGUAGGCUUACAGAAAGCCGUUCUCCCAUCAAUAAUAAAGUCAGGGGAAUCAGUGCACGUGGGAAUCAAUUGAAUCAAGAGUCAAAAACCACUAUCAAUAAUGAUAGGUAUUCUAACAAAAAUAAUUGGAACAGUUCCAGUAGAAGAAAUAGUAAAGGGGAAUAUACAAAUAUUAGUAACAGAUUUGAAUAUAAUGCAACCUUGAGUUCUCUACCGAAGGAAAAACUUCGAACUCCUAGGAAAUAUAAUACUUCGAGCCCCUAUCACGAAAAACAGGGCCCAAAAGAAGUGGAGAAACAAAAUUAUUUUUCGCAACUCAACGGUGAGGGGAAUAAUGGGGUAAAAAAAGUAACCGGCAACGAAUCUGUUCGAGGCACACAAUUUAACCUUAAUUAUGCCAAUAAGGGAUACCAUGAUGAGCAGAGUUCUCUUCUUUUUAAAGAAAAUUUAAAUAAUAUUGAAAAUAUAAAAUAUCGUUCAGAACGUAUAGAUGGCCCACGACGGGAAAUCCCCAUAAACACAUCUAGAACCAGUAAGAGUAGUCCAGUUACCAACUCGAUAAAAAGCCAUGAACAGAACAAUGGUGAACAUAGGUCUAAACACAUAACAAAUCAUAUGCACAAUCUAAAAGAAACUCUUAGAGUGAAUGACCAUCUCAGCACAAAUCAAACGAAUAAUGAAGAAAAUGUACAAAAUAAAGAAACUCCAACGAACCAAUUUACAAACAGUCCAAUAAAACAAAUUAAGGAUAUUUCGUAUUCUCCGAGUCAUAAAUCGCAUAAUAGUUCGCCAUCGAAAUCGUCAAAGUCUUCCAGCAGCAUUAUCAUACGCACGAAUCUUUCUACACCCGAAACCGAAGACUACGAUGAGGAGGCACUGAAUCGUGAAUUAUCGCAAGAGCUCGAACAACUUAAACACUAUGACGAUGUAACCAGAGAUGAACGGAAUUUCUCGCGACACGCCAGCAUAGAGGAAGAUUCACAAACCGAUUUGGAAGAAUACUCUAGUACCGAUCAUGAGGAGAGUACUCGUAUCGAUUAUGAAGGAGCUUUACACACCGACGCUGACGUGAGCUCACAUGCAGAUGUUGAUAAUUAUUCAGCUGCCUCGACGAGUAUGGAAGAUCUAAUUAAUACACUAUCUCCACAAACUGCCUACCUCAAUUUGGAUCGUAGCGCCACAAUGAUGCCGCUAAAAGCCAAAACGUCGAUUCUCAAACCACCUUUAUCUCUUUUCCACAGCCCGUCACAUAGUUCAUCCUACCGACGGCAUUCGUCGUCGUAUGAAAGUGAUCAGUUGGAGAAAGUGCUCUUUAUAGGCGAGCUUAGCAAGGUGGCGCGUAGUCGGUCCGCGCGUGUCCUGAAUCCAUAUGAAAUGAGCGAUCGCUGUGAUGUGUGCUACAACAAAUAUGUGAUAAAGUAGCUAAACUGCAACAAAAGUCUUAGCGUAAGUGAAGAGAUGUAUUCAACUAAUA